AUGGACUAUCAGAACCGCGCCGGCUCAAAAUUUGGUGGCGGCGGCGUCGCCUCACAGUCCGCAACAAAUGCUGACCGUCGCGAACGUCUACGGAAACUGGCGCUGGAGACAAUCGACCUCGACAAGGAUCCAUACUUCUUCAAGAACCACGUCGGUAGUUUCGAGUGCAGACUGUGCUUGACCGUUCACCAAAACGAUGGCUCGUACUUGGCGCAUACUCAAGGUCGCAAGCAUCAGACAAACUUGGCGCGAAGAGCGGCCAAGGAUGCGCAAUUAGGCAAGAAGCACGAGGGCGAAUACACAGGCGCAAAUGCGGUGCACAUCAAGCGCAAUGUCGUCAAGAUCGGAAGGCCCGGUUACAGCAUCACAAAGACCAGGGAUCCGAUCACGAGACAAGAGGGUCUGCUCUUUUCGCUCCAAUAUCCAGAGAUCUCGCAAGGCAUCGAGCCGCGAGUGCGAUUCAUGUCAGCAUACGAGCAGAAAGUGGAAGAUCCUCCUGACAAGGCAUUUCAGUAUCUGCUUGUUGCCGCAGAGCCCUACGAGACUUGCGGCUUCAAGAUCCAGGCGCGAGAGGUGGAUCGGCGUGAGGACAAGUACUGGACCUGGUGGGACCAGGACAGCAAGCAGUUCUGGAUUCAGAUCAACUUCAAGACCGAGCGUGACGAGCGUUUCAGCGGUGUACCUGGUCUUGCACCGACUCGCAGAUGA